AUGAGAAGCAAGAUCUUACAAAAAAUAUCAAGACACAGAGUAAAGGUGUUGAUCAUCUUAUUCAUCCUCGGAUUUGUGUCGUAUUCUUUACUUGAAUCACUAAGAAACUAUAAUUGGAUUGCAAAUGAAGAUGAGUCCUUUUCAAUAGCCUCUCUGAAGCAAUCAAUUAAUGAUCUACAGCCACCCACGAAGCCAGAGGCAGAUCUUGGAACCGAAAACGCCGAUGGUCAACAUACAACAAAGACAUCGUUAAGCAAUGCUCACAAGUUUUGGAAACAGAUUUUCACCAUCUUUGAUGAGAACAAAAUGAAUCUCGAAGACAAAUUCGGUAAACUCAUAGAAUACACGGAUAAGUCUAAGCAUUUAGACGGGCCAAAGACUAAAGAAGCUUUGCUCUCACGUGCAACAAUGCUGGAUGAGGUUGUUUCAGAGCUCAAGAAAAGGCACACUCGAGUUGUGCUGCAAUUACCAAGCGAUAUUGCAGAUACCACAUACAACAAGGGAACAACGGGAGUGGUGUUUAUUGGUGGUGCAAAGUUUUCCUGGCUUACGUACUUGGCCAUUAUUGCUUUACGAGAGACCGGAACGAAGUUACCUGUUGAAGUCAUAAUGCCAAAGAAACUGGAUUACACGAAAGAACGGGAUUUUUGCGAUAAUUUGUUACCAGAACUUGGAGCUAGAUGCGUAAUUGUGCCCGAUACUAUUGGAGAGUCGGCUUUGAAUGGCAGAAGUCUAUACGCGUACCAAUUCAAAUCAAUUGCUUUGGCUAUAUCAUCUUUCCAACAUAUACUUUUGCUCGAUUCUGAUAACAUCAUUGUGUCUAAUCCUGAUCUUGUUUUCGACAGUCCCCUUUACAAAAAAUUUGGUAUGAUAACUUGGCCCGACUACUGGAAAAGAACUAUAUACCCAAAGUACUACGAUAUUGCAGGAUUAAAAGUAAACGAAAAUAAAAGAGCUAGAUACGAUCGGUUCCCACUAUUUGAGCCGGUGAAUCUGAAAGGAGCACUUGCUGUUGGGCCACAAGAUGCCGUACCUUACCAUGAUUUAGAAGGUGCUGUUCCGGACUUGUCAACUGAAUCUGGCCAGCUCGUUAUCAAUAAGGCCACACAUGGGAAGACAAUUUUGUUGUCCUUGUACUAUAACAUUUAUGGUCCCGAUAUAUUUUACAAAUUGUUCUCAUUGGGUGAACAGGGAGAAGGUGACAAGGACACUUUUGUGACAGCGGCCAUCGUGUGCAAUGAACCCCAUUACCUGGUUAAAUCUUUUAUUUUAUCUCCAGGAUAUUUUGACAACAAUAACAAGUUUAAUGGAGUAGCAAUGGCUCAAAAAAAUCCCUUGAAUGACUAUGAUUUGUUCAACGAGCUAGUGGUCAAUACUUUUGCCAAAAGUGGUCAAAGCACCAGCGUUCCUGAUCAAAUCAAACAUUUGGAUGCUCUAACGAAAAAGGAGUUUGACAGUUACAAUAAUAUACCAAUAUUUGCAAUUCAUUGCAAUCACCCCAAAUUAGAUCCAGUGCUCUACAUGCAACGAGAUGACAUUUACGAUUCCGUGGAGAAAAGAUUGAAAUACAGGCUUUACAAUGGUAUGAAGUAUGACAAAACAGUUUUGAGCUCGCCAAAGGAAAAAUCUGUCGAGACCGAUUUCGAAUACGAGCAGUGGCUUCAUAUUCAAGAUGCACUUUGUAUCAAAAAGUUAAAAUUCGAACACUUCAAAGAUGUGAACCCAAGUGAAUUGUGUGAUUUCGUCAAUAAUCAAGUUAAAUGGUUACUGCCUCAUGUAUAG